GGCAGCGGGUGUGCGACGGGCUCGCGCCCUGCGCUAGUGGCACGGAACAAGUUAGGCGUCUUUAACGCGCGGCGAUGCGGUGCGAUACCCAAUGUGUCACUCCUAGUGUGGACAGAAAGAUUCUGUAGAGGUGUGUACCAGGACGUACACGAUGGAGGGAGGAAGGCAAACGCGGGUGUCCCGCCCCCACAGGAUCAGCGAGUCUUCAAAGGUGUACCGCUGGGCGGAGCAGGCCAGCUGGGUGCUGCAGGGCCUCAGCGAGCAGCGCCAGCGUGGCCAGCUGUGCGACGUGAUUCUGCUGGCGGAUGAGCAGCAGGUGCGCGCGCAUCGGGCUCUGCUGGCUGUGUCCAGCCCCUACUUCCAGGCCAUGUUCACGCUGGGCAUGCGCGAGGAGCGCCAGGCUGAAGUCCCGCUGGUGGGCACGUCUUAUGUGGGCCUAAAGGCUGUGGUGGACUUCCUGUAUAGCGGGGAGCUGCCGCUGGAUGGUGGGAACAUCGACUACGUGCUGGAGACGGCCCACUUGCUGCAGGUGUGGCGGGCGGUGGACUUCUGCUGCCAGUACCUGGAGAAGGAGGUGAAUGAGGAGAACUACCUGUACCUGCAGGAGCUGGCUCAGCUCUACAGCCUGGAGCGCCUGGACGCUUUCAUCGAUCACUUCAUCCUGGAGCGCUUCGCUACGCUGUCCUUCACGCCAGAGUUCCUGCGGGACACGCAGCUCCCCAAGCUCGCUUUGUACCUGGCCAGCGGGCAGGUGCAGCACGAGAGCGAGCAGGCCCUGCUGCAGGCUGCGCUGCAGUGGCUGAGCCAAUGUCCGGAGCGCCAGCCCCAUGCCCGCCAGCUGCUGUCCCACAUCCACUUCCCGCUCAUCCCAGCGGGCGAGUUGCAGGAUCGCGUGCUCCCGGCUGUGUGCUCCCUGCUUCCCCCGGGGUGCGAGGGGUUAGUGGAGGAGGCUCUCUGCUACCACCAGCAGACCAGCGCGCAGCCCGUACUGCAGACCGCAAGGACGGCGCUGCGGGGGGCAACUGAGCGCCUCCUGCUGGUGGGCGGCGAGGUGUCCGAACGGGGCGAAGAACUGAGCGCUGAGGUGCGUUGGCUGGACGGGGAUGCCGGGUGGGGCGUGGAGACCAAGUUGCCCGCCCAGCGAAGCCACCACUGUGUCGCUGUCCUUGGGGGCUUCGUCUUCACCGCGGGGGGCAGCUCGUCCCGCGACAACGGAGGUGACGCUGCAAGCAAUGUGCUGUACCGUUACGAUCCUCGUACCGGUCAGUGGAUAAAGGGGGCCCCAAUGAACCAAAGGCGUGUUGAUUUUUACCUGGGGGUGUUAGAGGACUAUUUGAUUGCUGUUGGGGGACGCAAUGACAGUGGCGCCUUGUCGUCAGUGGAGGUGUACCACCCACUCGAGGACCGCUGGGUCUAUGUGGCAGCACUCCCAAGGUUCACCUAUGGCCAUGCUGGCACCACUCACAAGAAUGUGAUCUUCAUCUCAGGUGGCCAUGACUACCAAAUAGGGCCAUACAGGCGAGACUUGCUGAGCUAUGACCCCAGGAUCAAUGCUUGGACAGAGCGGAGGCCAAUGGCCGUGGCGCGGGGGUGGCACUGCAUGACAUCCCUGAAGGAGCUCAUUUAUGCCAUCGGCGGCAGCGAUGACCGGGAGAACAGCAUGGAGCGUUUUGAUAUUCUGAGCGUGGAGGCAUUUGAUCCCAAGAGCGAGCAGUGGACCUGCAUCGCCCCGCUCCUGCAAGCCAACAGCGAGGCCGGCGUUGUCACCUGGGGGGGUGCGAUUUAUGUCCUGGGUGGGUACAGCUGGGAGAGCAUGGCAUUCUCGAGUAGGACGCAAAUUUUUGACCCAGAGAGGGGCCAGUGGACGCGGGGACCAGACCUGCCGAAGCGCAUCGCGGGGGCAUCGGCUUGCGUGUGCGCAGUCAGACCCCGUGACCGCAGCCCCGAUAGGAAGAAGGCUGUGCGCCGGAGAAAGAGCGUGAAUAACGCUCGGCAGGGCCGAGAUAGGUGACUCGGAGAAAGGAGCGAGCAGGUGUUACUCCGCACCGAGAGAACGAAGGCGACCUUAGUGAAUGAUACGAACACGUUGAAGACCCACGUGUCAAAAAGUUUGAAGAGCCCGAGUAAAGGACUGUCACGCAGUUCCCUGCUCUUCGCCCGGUUCUGUGAUCUAAAUGAGUUCGGAUCAACUGCUGUCAUUGCUGUUAUUCCCAUUAAAAACAGUGCUUCUCUUCUUGGU